AUGAACCUUAAGCUUUACGGAAUACGGCUAUGUAGCAUAGGGCUUAGCUGGGCACCCCUCCCGCACUCCCCAACACGCCGACCCGCUAGUGACGCUCGCGACGCCAUGCCAAGGAACUGGACUAGGAAGACCACCAAAGCGAGUUGUAUUAAGAAGAUAAAAGAAGUAAAAAAGAACUUAUUUAAGUCAAGCUCCUCUGAAGAAUCGGCUGAUGAACAGGUUCCAUAUGUUGAGAGUGACUUGGAAAAUAUUGAAAUCCCACUAAACAUCCAGCAAAACUUCCAGAACGAACGUGAACAGUCUGUAUGCGCCAUAUGCCUUGAAGAGGGAAAGCCGAGAGAAAUCUGGUACCGAUGCCGCCUCUGUGCAGGAUGGGCCCAUGAGGCAUGUACAGGAUGUGAUGAUCCAAGUCGCUAUCGCUGUGAUUUUUGCAUUUAA